UGUCCAACAGCUGUUUGCUUUUUAAUCUGCAGCCGUCAGAUCCUGCAGGUCUUUGAUGGGCAACCCAAUCUACACGAAUGACUGAACUAGAUCUUCCCUUAAUCUACACAGCCUUAUUAGGCGGCCUCUCCGCUGCAUGUAAAACACCGCGCGGCCGUUUCUGUAGAUUAUUACAGAGACGAGACGUGUUGCAUUAUCAAACCCAAGAGGGCCGCAUCGAUCGCAGCAGGAGAGGUGAUGGAGUGAAAGGGGGGGCAGCACGGCGUCGCCUCUACGGGUCAUCGUGACUCACACUCUUCCUUGUUAAUAGAUGACUUCAUCCCAGCAGGCUGAUGUGUCAUUAGCAUAUCCUAAUAACAUGGAUUUCUUCAUUAGGGUUUCCACUAAAUAGGCCCUAAUUAGUUUCAACUGGCCCAGCCAUUAAUUGAAGCAGCAACAUGUUUCACCUUUCUUAAUCAGCAGCUCACUUCACACCGUUUGAUAAGAGAAAUGACGUUGCGAGGCGGGUCGGUUGAGGCUCUGUGCCACAAUUUGUGUAUUUUUAGAUUGCAUUAGUCAUAAGAUAAUCUUUUAUUAGUCCCACAGCGGGGAAAUUUGCAGGAUUACAGCAGCAGAGUGGAAAGUGCAAAUGAACAAACAAGAGACAUGUAGAGAAGAAAUCAAUGCAUGCAUACGUCAUCACACUUUAAGGGUAAAAAAUAUUGAUUUUUUAAAACUGAAAUAUGAUAUAUUCGUACUGAAUGUUUGUUAAUGUUGCUCAGCAUUUGCAUAUGUGCAUUGUGUAUCAACAGAUUGUUUCUUUUUAAUAUUGUAGUUAACCUGAUAGGCUUGUUUCCUUUUUCACUUCAAAUGUUAUUGCAAUAGCAUCAUAUUUUUGCACAUGCGUGCAUGUGUACAAAGUAAAGCUUUUGGAAGACCACAAAAUUAUCUUAUCCUUAUUUUGGUUUUAAUUACAAAACUAUAAACGGCAAUGUAAAAAAAAAAUGAAAACAGUAUAUAAUCAUUAGUUAAGAUUUUGGCAGGAAAAUAAUGUAAUUAGCUUUAUGUUAAUGAGAGAAUUCCCUCACGGAAAACACCAAGAAUAUGAUUCAUUUGCUCAGCAUCUUUGUUUUUAUUAAAAUAAAUACACGUAUUAAAAGAAUCACAUGACGUAUAAUAAGUAUGUGUUCUAUUUACUGUAAAUCAACUAAUUUAUGUAAAAAGUCUGCAGUAAAAUGUAAAUAUACAAAAUCUACUAAUUUUCUAAAUGUUAUUCUCUAACAUCUGUAUUCCACAAUGCAAAGAUAAUGUUUCAGGCCCUAUAUGACAUUUUUUUAUUGUAAUAAUGCAUACAUUAAUAAUUAAUAACAGGUCAGGAAAGUAUUUAAUAUUCUCCCACUCGUGUCCCAUUGUGUGUAAUUCCCCUGCUCCUCCGGGGAAAUGUAUCUGCGGUUUAAUCUGCUGCUGUGGGAUUAACGCGGCGCGGGAGCGCGCGGGGUCCGGAUCGUCCAGCUGUCGUUUUUGGGGAGGGCCUUUGAUUCGCGUGAUGACUUUGCCCACAGCAUCUGGAGAUCAAUUACCCAGCCACCCAUUCAUGUGAGCCAGUGGUGGUACAGAGAGAUCACAGUUGUGCGUUGGUGUGUGUAAACAAUUGAGCCGACGGUAUAUACGGAUUUACUUUAGCAUAUUGGCGUAAUUUUACACUAUUUCAGAUGAUUUAAUUAGGGCGGCAUGACGAAAACUGAUCUGAGCAAUUAUAUGUCUGCAGUCAGUUUAUAAUGGUUUAAAAUAUGUUUAGUAUAAAUGUAUAGUACAAUAAAAUUGUAUUCUCUAUUUGUCACUUUUAGUCUUUCGGAUGUUUUGAGUAAUGCUGCAGAAUCCCUGUUUUUAUUCUCAUUUCGUCCCCCUCCUAUUUCGAUCCAUUCUGUCUCUGCAGCCUAAAUCGCUUCCCCGUUUAUCCAUAUAGUCGUGAAAGGAAAUGCAGAUAUGUAUCCGAGAGGGCGUAUAACGCAUCCUUGAUCCACAGGAAUCCUGAAUCCUUGCAGCUGAUUGGCUGCCGGGUCCUGCCUCUUGUUGGGAUGGACCUGUUGGAUAAAAGGACCAUUUUCUAACGGACACUUGUGUGUUAUGCAGACGAUCAUGCACUGGGGACCAUUCUGUCAGGCGGUAUAAUACAACAACGACGAAAAAUAAAACAGGCCUUUCAAGUAGCAUCCGGAGACACCAUGACGGGGAAACAAGGCUCCGUGCUGUCGGAAAGUUUACGCCUGUCGGAGAAACCCUCUCUGGGUACCAACGGAGGGAGUAGCAGUCACCAGCCGAAGAGCAGCGCGACCCACCCGCCGACCAGGUGCACCGGCUUCGGCAUCCAGGAGAUACUGGGGCUGAACAAGGAGCCGUCCGCGGCCCUGAGGAGCCCGCUGAGCUCGCUGCCGCCCGGGGCGCACCUGAUCUCCGCCCGGUCGCUGCUGGGCCCCGCCGGCAUGGGCGUAGGUGUCGGGAUGGGAUUAAUCGACCCGGGUAGAAUUCCGGCGUUUUACCGGCAACCCGCGUUUCUGGAGACGGUGCUGUCCAACGCGCACGACGUCCACCUGCAGCCUCACAGCGGGGCCGGCGGGCCGCUGGACGCCGGUCAGUCCGCCACCUCAGAUUCAGAUGACUUAUCUUCAAAUGAACGAAAACUCUCAAAGUCAUCAGUAAAUCAGAGCAAGAAACGGAAGAAAAGACGCCACCGGACCAUAUUCACUUCAUAUCAGCUGGAGGAGCUGGAAAAGGCCUUUAAUGAAGCGCACUACCCGGAUGUUUACGCCCGAGAGAUGUUGGCCAUGAAAACAGAGCUACCUGAAGACCGGAUACAGGUGUGGUUUCAGAACCGCAGAGCCAAGUGGAGGAAGCGGGAGAAGUGCUGGGGCCGCAGCACCGUGAUGGCCGAGUACGGCCUCUACGGAGCCAUGGUGAGGCACUCCAUCCCCCUGCCGGAGUCCAUCCUCAAGUCCGCCAAGGACGGCGUCAUGGAGUCCUGCGCCCCCUGGCUGCUCGUCCAAGAUGGCUUACCAAUCCACAGGCGCUAUUCUAAAUCUGAAUACCCGCGACUCUUUGCAGGGAUGCACAAAAAGUCCACGGAGGCCGCGGUGCCCCCGGCGGCAACGGGACAGUGCGACGCGCCCCAGCAGCCGACCCCUCAGAGGGCGGAAGAGGCCGAAGCAGAGGAGAAGAGGUCGGAGGGCAAGGCCGCCAUUUCUAAAGAGGAACUGAGAGAGAACAGCAUCGCUGCGCUCAGGGCCAAGGCGCAGGAGCACAGCGCCAAAGUGCUCGGGACGGUUCUCAAGACAGACCGCCGGAGGGCGAGCAGGAGAAGAGGCGGGGGGCCGAGGAGAAGGCCGGCGAUCCCCUGAGACCUGCAGAGGAGGAGAAAAGCCCUUAGAGGCCCGGCGCGUUCCCCCCCCCCCCCGCGGACCGAUAUCCUCACGAGUGAGCGCGGUGGGCUUCCCAAACACAGCUCGCCGGGCUGCAGGGGGUCACCCGUCGCUGACCUCUCGCCUGGACUUCUUUGAGGAGACAGAUCACCUGGUUCACUGCCGCACAGAGGAUAUGCCAAAUGCACUUUUUAUCAUUUACUUCCAGAUCUACGGUCGUUGUUGCUCGUGCAUAGUAGAGAGGAUUUGUCUGGGUUGGGGAGUAAAGUGUUAAUAUCGUGUAUAUAGAGAGUAAGAUGAGGCAAUUAAAUCAAGUACGACAGUUAUAUCACUCAUCGGGACUACUGGUAACCCACGAGUGCGUUUCAUUUUAAUGUUGCUCACACAGCUACUGAAUAGUGACAUUUCUGAUAAAAAACAUCCCACCGACAGAAAGUAAUUGUCCCAUUUCACACUGUACAUACUUGAUAUAUGAAUCCCUCUCACUGAGGCACAACUUUACAUGUAGUCUUGGAAAUUGUGUGUGUUUUCAUUUCAAAAUAUGUAAAACGCAAAAUACGAAACCAUAAAACAGAAAUAACCUUUUAUCAAA